UCCAUUGGGCUUCUUUGUGGUGAUGAAAUAAGGAGAAUUACCUGUUUAACUCCCAUCUUUCAAAGAACAGAUCCCAUUUCCACACAGACAUAUACAGUUCCCCCUUCUGAGACUUUGGUCAGCAGCUUUCCAUCUAUAAAGGCUACUAGAAUACCAGCCAUAAUGGACACUUACCCAGUUGAUCAAGGUCCAAAACAGACAGGCAUUGUCAAGCAUGACAUUCUCCCAACCACUGGUUUGGCAACGUUAAGAAUUAGCACACCCUUGGAAAGCUACUUACUCGAAGAACUGAUUGUCACUAGAGAGCUUUCAGCAAAACACAGUCUUCUUUCUUCCGCAGAUGUUUCCUCUUCUCAAUUCCUGAAUUUUGGUAUUCAUGACCCAGCACAAAUUGUCCAGGACAAAACAUCGGUAUCACAUAUGCCUAUUCGAACUUCAGCAGCCACACUAGGUUUCUUUUUUCCUGAUAGGAGAGCAAGGACCCCAUUUAUCAUGUCUUCCUUAAUGUCAGAUUUUAUUUUUCCUACACAAUCUUUAUUAUUUGAGAACUAUCAGACUGUUGCUUCAUCUGCUACCCCAACGACUUCAGUAAUUAGAAGCAUUCCAGGGGCUGAUAUUGAGCUAAACAGGCAGUCAUUACUCUCCCGUGGAUUCCUGCUUACAGCUGCCUCCAUAAGUGCAACUCCAGUUGUCUCUAGGGGGGCUCAAGAGGAUAUUGAAGAAUAUUCAGCUGAUUCUUUAAUUUCAAGAAGAGAGCACUGGAGAUUGCUCAGCCCCUCGAUGUCUCCCAUUUUUCCUGCUAAGAUAAUUAUAUCUAAACAGGUAACCAUCUUAAACUCAUCAGCUCUGCACCGGUUCGGUACAAAAGCCUUCAAUCCCAGUGAAUAUCAGGCUAUUACUGAAGCUUCAAGCAACCAGAGACUCACAAACAUCAAAUCACAGGCUGCUGAUUCUUUAAGAGAAUUAAGCCAAACAUGUGCAACAUGUUCUAUGACUGAAAUAAAAUCCUCUCGUGAAUUCUCAGAUCAAGUUUUGCAUAGCAAACAGUCCCACUUUUAUGAGACAUUCUGGAUGAACUCAGCGAUAUUAGCCAGCUGGUAUGCACUAAUGGGAGCUCAAGCUAUCACUUCUGGGCAUUCAUUUUCUUCUGCUACUGAAAUAACACCAUCAGUGGCAUUCACAGAAGUGCCAUCUUUAUUUCCUUCUAAAAAGAGUGCAAAAAGAACAAUUUUAUCCUCAUCCUUGGAAGAAUCCAUUACCCUAUCAAGUAAUUUGGAUGUUAAUUUACGUUUGGAUAAGACUUGUUUAUCCAUUGUCCCUUCACAAACUAUCUCUUCAGACUUGAUGAAUUCUGAUUGGACUUCAAAAAUGACUACUGAUGAACUGUCAGUAUCAGAAAACAUUUUAAAACUAUUGAAAAUAAGACAAUAUGGCACAACUAUGGGACCCACUGAGGUACUAAAUCAAGAGAGCUUAUUGGACAUGGAAAAAAGUAAAGGAUCUCAUACACUGUUCAAACUUCACCCAAGUGAUAGUUCUCUGGAUUUUGAGUUAAACUUACAAAUUUAUCCGGAUGUUACUUUAAAGACAUAUUCAGAAAUUACACAUGCAAAUGACUUCAAAAAUAAUCUGCCACCAUUGACAGGCUCAGUGCCUGAUUUUUCAGAAGUCACCACCAAUGUUGCAUUUUAUACAGUUUCAGCAACUCCAGCACUUUCAAUACAGACGUCUUCCUCCAUGUCUGUAAUUAGGCCAGAUUGGCCAUAUUUUACAGAUUAUAUGACCUCUCUUAAAAAAGAGGUCAAGACUUCUUCAGAAUGGUUCAAAUGGGAACUUCAGCCUAGUGUGCAAUAUCAGGAAUUUCCCACUGCAAGCCGGCAUCUUCCCUUCACUAGAUCUCUUACUUUGUCUUCACUGGAAUCCAUUCUGGCACCUCAACGGCUGAUGAUUUCUGGUGAGUUUCUCAGUUUCUGUUCAGUAAACUUUUAGAAAUGAGUUUCUUUUCUACGGAGAAGAAAGAGCCUGUCAUGGUCACCGGGUGCUCUAAACAGCCUCAUUGUAAUCAGGGCAGCAGCCAGUUCAAUGGAGAAGGCACCUGCUGUUGUACCUGACACAGAUGGUUAUUCUUUAUGCACUGCCACAAAGGCUACCAGAUCAAUACAGUAGUAGGUUGGAGACAGCUAUACUGCUGGCAAGCAAUCAGAAACUGAACUAGUUCAAUUCAUUAUGACAGAUCUCUCAAAGUUUAGAAAUAACUUUUAUUAUUCUCAUUUCUUGAAAUAGCUUCUUUGUCAGGUUGAACACAAUAUAACAUACUCUUUCUAACGG